ACUUUAUACUGUAUAAGAAAAGAUUGAUAAGAGGAAAAAGAUUUCGGUUAUAUUUCAAAGGUGGUCCAAAUCAAUUAUAUGAAAAUCUUGUUAUUUUAUUUUCAAUCAACUGAUGAUGUUUAAGUCAAAAAGAUUAUUAAAAACAGCUGCAGUUGGAAUAAUUGGAUUUGGUACUCUGGCAUCUCUGAGAGCUAAUGAAUAUGAUUUGGGAUCUAUAGGUAUUGUAAGACUAGGACGUGCUGCAGCUACUGUUUUUGUAAUAGGUAGACAUUACAAGAACGAAUUAUAUACAAGCAACCUAAAUAAAGGUAGUCCAGAAUAUGAAAGCUUAAAGUCAAAGGUACACAAAUAUGGAGCAGAAAGACUUCUGGAGCUCUGUUGUGCAAAUAAAGGUGUUUAUAUAAAAGUAGGUCAACAUAUCGGGGCAUUAGACUACUUAUUACCACCAGAGUAUGUUAGUACUAUGCGAGUGUUACAUAGUUCUGCACCACAAUCAUCUUUCAAAGAUGUAUUAAAUGUGAUUAAAGAAGAUUUCAAAAAAGAUCCAUAUGAAAUAUUCGAAAGUAUUGACAGUAAUCCUUUAGGAACUGCCAGUUUAGCACAAGUUCAUAAAGCUGUAUUAAAGGAUGGUAAUGUUGUUGCUGUUAAAAUUCAACAUCGAGCAGUUAAAACAAAUUCUUAUGUAGACAUAAAGACUAUGACAACUUUGGUAAAGUUAACAUCAUUAGUCUUUCCAGAUUUUAAAUUUGAUUGGCUUGUCGAUGAAACUAAAAAGAACAUUCCUAGAGAAUUAGAUUUUACACAAGAAGGGAAAAAUGCUGAAAAAGUUCAGAGGCUGUUUUCACAUUACCAUUGGUUGAAAAUACCAAAAAUAUAUUGGGACAUUUCAUCCCGACGUGUUUUAACAAUGGAAUUUGUAGAAGGAGGUCAAGUCAAUGAUUUGAAAUAUAUUCAAGGCAAUAACUUAAAUCCGUACGAAGUCAGCAGUAAGCUAGGUCGACUGUAUAGCCAUAUGAUAUUUAUUGUGGGGUUUGUGCAUUCUGAUCCACACCCUGGUAAUAUUUUGGUUCGAAAGAAAAAUAACGAAGCAGAGAUAAUACUUUUGGAUCAUGGUUUGUACGCAGACCUCUCUAAUGAAUUCCGAUGGGAGUAUUCUAAACUGUGGUUAGCAAUAUUUGAUAGUAACAAAAAUGCAAUGCAAAUGCAUUGUGCCAAAUUGGGUGUGCCCGAUUUAUAUGGGCUACUGGCUUGCAUGGUAUCAGGUAGAUCGUGGAAAGCAAUCAUGGCAGGUAUACAGAAAACUAAAUAUGAUAUCAACGAAAAGGAGGAGUUUCAAAAAGACAUACCAAGUAUGUUACCAGAGAUUAGCAAUGUACUAGAAAGAGUCAACAGACAAAUGCUAUUAAUUCUUAAAACGAACGAUCUUGUGCGUUGUAUCGAACACUCUUUGCACACAGAAUCUAGAAUGUUUGCAAUGAUGGAAAUGUCAAAGUGCUGUAUCAAUUCUGUGUAUGGAGAAAAGUUGAAAUCAUGCACGAAUACAUGGAUAAAGUGGAAACUUUCUAUAGCCCAACAAUGGUCACUAUUCAAAUUAUCAUUAUAUUACAUAUACUUAGGAGCGCUAAAUUUCGAUCUAAAAGAAUCUAUAGAAUCGUUACUCAAUAAUAGCUAUUACGCUUUUUAA